AAAUGGAGGUAAUAGAUACUGUGUAAAGAAUGAAAUAUUUAGCCGUAUUUUAGCACAUUUUGCUGCAAGUUUUAAUCAUACCCCGGAUGGGGCCGUGGAUUUUCAUACCUUAAAUAUUGCCAGCCAAACUGGUUGAACAACGUCUUUCUUUACAGUGCAUUGUUGUCAAACACACCAACACUGGAGACUUGAGUAAGUCAGUGACACCACAUUGGAACAUUCCUGCCCCUGUUGUCUACGCAGGCCACGCCUUUCAUGGCUACACCAAUGGAACAGGAGGUGUUGAGGGAGAUACCUGGCUAUAAGGCCAUACUGAAGUCAGUGUUAAAGUCACAGAUCCAGUUUUUGCUGGAGCAAUUGUCUGACCAGGGUGGUGAGGAGUCUGUGAUCCUGACAGCCAGUGUGCACGAUGGAUCCCUGUCUGCACUGGGGUCUCACACAGGCAGAGGUUUCAUGGAUGGAAAGGACGACAUCAAGGCUCAGUUCCUUGGAUACUGCCUGAAGAGUAAGCACCACAGAGAAUCCUCCGAUGCAGACCUCACAUAUCAGCGCAGCCGUACCCUGCUACCACCGUCCAGGCGCCCCAAGCCUCGCCUGCGCCCAAGCCCGUACUCUAUGCCCUCUCCUGGGCAUGCCACACCAGUGGGCUCUCCCCCCACCACAUUCCACAUGACCUCUCCCCUGCCUGGCCAGGCCAGUAACCAUAGCAACCAGCUUGGGAGUGGCGCAAACUACAAACAGGGCUCCGGGCACUCGGAGAAUGACAAUGUCUCAGACACGUAUCUCGACUCUGCGGCGAGCGACGGCAAUGCGGAACAUGCGGAAGAAGAGGGGUCAGAUACCGAACACUCCAGGGAGGGGAAACAUGAAGGAGACCAGGAUGAGGAGGGGCUUGAGGAGAACUCCCUGGGGUCACAUGAGUGGGGAGGAAGUUAUGGGUCCGGUCAGAGGGAUGAAAACGGGGAUGAUCAAGAUAAAGAUGAGAUCUCCACAUCUCAAGCUAGGAAUCUCGGAGGCAUAGCUUUCCCUGGUCUGGACAAUGCCCAUCACGACUUCUCGAAGUCACUUCCCGAGCUCUCACCAGCCGAACUUAAGAAUGUCCUCUACCAAGGUCUGGCGAACCAAGAAGCCAUCAAUUCCAGUCUCCUCUCCCACAGCAACAGUAUCCACGGCGUUUUCGACCCGUACCCACGCAAACGAGGACGCCCACGAAAGAACUCGUUCCUGUACGGGAACGAAGCUAGUCACAUUUCGCAGAACAACCUUGCUGCUUCCUCUCUGCAUUCCCACAAUUCUGUCUCCACUGCAGCGGACCAGGCGAACGAUGGCCGGACUCCACUAAAGACCUCACCAUCGACGUCGGACUUCGAUCAGAACAGCCCCUCAUACCUCGCUCUGCCUUUCAAGCGUGGCCGCCCACGGAAAGAAUACGAGAAUCUUCCGCCCGGCGUUGUUCACCCGACCGGUAUCAGCAUCGGGAACGGAUACGUAAAGUGUAAUAUCUGUGGUAAGGUCCUCAAGGGGACCUCGAUGUUCACCCACAAGCAGGCGCAUCUGGGUAUACGCAACUAUAGCUGUAACUACUGUGGUAAGUCGUUCACGCAAAAAGGCCCGCUGAUAACGCACGAGCGCGUACAUACGGGUGAGAAACCGUAUACAUGCGGGGCCUGCGGGAAAUGUUUCUCCGCACACAGUGGCCUUUAUCAGCACAAGCGGAGGUGUUCCAAACAUGCAUUUAGUGAACUGAACCUUACUAUGUAAAAUGGUAAGAUGCUGUCGCAGUGAAUCACACAUUAACAGACUUUGAAAUUUCCAUGAAAUAUUAAGAAAAUGCAGUCCUUGCGUAUCACACAUAUAUAUACACUUGAAUGGGCAUCGACAUUUCGUUGUAAAAUCAUUAAUGUAAUCUCUUAUUAAUGAAAUAUCACAUUUAAAAUAAAAAUUGCUGCUAUGAUAAGGGCAGUUUAUUAAACAAAAAAAUGUGACAAAGAAAAUUGCAUAUAUAACUGUACAUUCAGUUUGCAGCAAUGGUUUUUGUCCGUCGUACAAUGUAAAAUGAAAUGAAGCAUUUUAGCUCACUGCUUUAGUGUGGUGAAAAGUGAGUACGCACUUGAUGUGAUGGCCUUUUUGUCUGAUAUAAUAUAGAAGUUUUCAUAUUGACUUGUUAAUUAACUAGUUAACUAACUGUGGCAAACAAUUUAAGUGACUUUAUUUCGUAUUUGGGUCAUCAAUGUGGUUCAGGUUGUUACAUAUCAAGGUUAAUGGUUGAAGAGAAUUGCUAAAUAUAUGAUGUUUUUUUAAAAGAAGAAAUAUUGUUGAGAGUGACGUUUGUGAAGAAAUAAACAAAUCGACAUUCUGUAUGUAAAUAGAAAUACUGUCUGUUGGUAUUACAAAGACACUGUUUGUUUGGAGUAUGCAAUCUUAUUUGAAUUAGGAACAUGUCCGGGUAUAAAUCAUUGUUAAAACUCAUAAAUCGCUGUAUCAUCAUUUGUGUAACGUUUGAAAGCAAAGAAAACUUGAAAUUGUUGCCAGUAUGUUAAGAAAAUGGGAAAGUCGAUUGCAUGGGAGUUUUUGUAUCAUCAAAUCCAGAUGAGGUUGAAAAGAAAUACAAUAAACACCAAGUCAAUACAAUAGGUAUAUGAAGUUUAAUGAUUUAAUAUAUAUUCACUACUUGAAUAAGAAAGUGAAUUCUUGUUUAUGCCCGUACUGUUUUCAGUAGUUCAGAUAUGUUAAUUUAAGGUUUCAAAAAAAAGAACAAACAAUUAUCAAAAUGAGUUAUACAUGUAGCUGCCAGAACUUCAGGUUGUUAUUUGAAUAACUAAGAUUUUAGUCAUGUUGACCAAUAUCUGGUAAUAUGACAGAAUGUUUAUUUGUCAUUGUCACAUUUUCUGUCAAAAGGUAUUAGGUUAUUUCAUUAUUUGGGAUGCAGACAUAAGCUGACUGAAUAUUACAAUGCGUUAUUACUGUGUAUUAUUGCUUAGGUCAUUAGACUAAAUACUAUUUCAUUGUAUUAUUUUGUAAGAAAAUGCAUUGAUUUAAUUGAAUUUGUUUGUGAUCAUUUGACAUAACUGUGACCUAUAUGUAUUUAAGACUGUUGACUAUAUGUAAAUAUUAUUGUGGGGUGGAAACUGAAGGACCUGUUAGGCUGAAUACAGUCUACUGUAAAGAGUGCUGGACAGAUGUUUUGCCUGAUAGUCAUUUCUAAAUAUGAACAUGACUAGGAAUCGUAUACUGAAAUGUGUUGAUCAUGAGUGUAAGCGUGUUGGAAGGACCUGCAUGUUGUCGCGAUCAUUGGCAGUGUUAUCUUGUGACAUUUGUAUGAAUAACUUUAAUCAAUUGACUUCAGAUUGUUUUUGUCAAUCAGUCAGUGCUGAAAAGGACAUAUCAAAUUUGACCACCAAAAUGUUGGAUUGCCAUACAUAAUUUGUACAUGUAUACAUGUUGUUUUAUGUUUACGUUGCAUGUAAAGGUAUAAAUAAUUUGCUACAUCAUGAGUUUUUGGACUUUUCCCAAUGAUGUUUCCAAAUAUUUCUUCUGCACAGAGAUAUGUAUGGAAGUUGAAUAAUAAUCUCGGUGCACGUUGUUUAUAUUUAUAUGUUCAUGUAUGUAUAUGGUGAUAUUUUGUGGACCAAAGACCAGUGGAUGGUAGAAAGGCCUUGUUGUCUUCAAAAUGUAUUAAUUUUCAUGUGAUAUAUGGAAUCAGUUGUAAUAAGCAAUAGAAUAUUCAAUUCAACAAAUAUUUGUAAGUCUUGGUGCAUUUUAUUGUUAAAAGUUUUAUUCUCUCCCCUUGACUUUUAUUUAAACAAUAUUUACAAAUAAAUUUCCUCUGACAAUUUUAAUAAAUACUAUUCCAAUCAAAAUGCUUCUUAUAAUUUAAUUUAAAAGUUUUGACCAAUAAAAAUUCUUACACUUUGGCUUAAAUUUACAGUGAUUUAAAAAGAUAAUUUGAGAACAAAAUCAAUUGAAGCUUUACAUUUUUAUGCCCCCCUUCAAAGAAGAGGGGGUAUAUUGUUUUGCACAUGUCCGUCGGUCAGUAGGUCCGUCCACCAGAUGGUUUCCGGAUGAUAACUCAAAAACGCUUAGGCCUAGGAUCAUGAAACUUCAUAGGUGCAUUGAUAAUGACUGGCAGAUGACCCCUAUUGAUUUUCAGGUCACUAGGUCAAAGGUCAAGGUCACAGUGACUCAAAACAGUAAAAUGAUUUUCUGAUGAUAACACAAGAAUACUUAGGCCUAGGAUCAUGAAACUUCAUAGGUACAUAGAUCAUGACUGGCAGAUGAACCCUAUUGAUUUUCAGGUCACAGGGUCAAAGGUUAAGGUCACAGUGACAAAAAACGUAUUCACACAAUGGCUGCCACUACAACUGACAGCCCAUAUGGGGGACAUGCAUGUUUUACAAACAGACCUUGUUUAAGGCGUGGUUCCAGAUUCUCUUUACUUUCUCUCACCUGAAAACUUCUGUAUAAUGAAGGUGCUUGUUACAUGUGAACUUUGAAGUAUAUGUUACAAUUGAAGAUUUCAUAAUAAUUGCAGUUGUAUGACCUUAUGUCUUCUUUUAUAUACAUAAAAUGUAGACCAUUUUUAAUAACCAGCCAAUUCAAACUAGGCACUGCAGAGUUAUGUCCCUUCAUUUUUUUGACAAAUUUGAAAUUUGCUGUUUUUUUCUCUACAUUUUUUUUUAUCAAAUCUUCACCAGACUUGGUGCUAAAUAAUCAGCAAAUUGGCAUUUGAAAUUUACUUUUCCACUCUGAGUCGUACAGUUUUGAUGAAUCUUCACCAAACUUUCUUGAAAUGUUUGUUGAUAUAAAAUGAUGGUCAAUUUGAAUAACUAGCCAUUUUGAACCAGGCAUUUGAGUAAUAUUGUGAUGUGCUUAAACAAAAUGGGAAAUUUGCUGUUCUAGCUCUCUAAAUCGAUAGUAUUCAUGGAUUCUUCACCAAACUAUUUGAAAGUAUUUGUUGACAUACAUGUAAAAGGGGCCAAGUUAAUAUUCAGCCAAAUAAUAUCAGGCUUUUAAGAGUUUUUGUCCUCUGUCCAUACAAAAAAUGGUUGAUGUGCCAGUUCUCUGAAUUUAUUCACUUUUCAAUUAACAUUCCAGAUAUGUUUAUGCACAUAAAAAUGGAAGUCAAUUUUUAUAACUAUAAAUAUUGCAAGCUACUAGGUAAUUUUUUAUGUUUGGCGUAUAUUUUUCAACAACAAAAAUCACUGUAUCUGCAACAAGUUUCAGAUCUAAAAAUGAUUAUGUUACUAUAUAAAUUUAGUCCUAGAAUAGUGUUUAGGGUAACAAUGUAUUGUUUUUGUUAAGUGUUUUUAAGUGUAAAGAUUAUGCAUGUUUUAAUGUAAGUCUAUACUUUUGAGUUAUCAUAGUAUUACAGUUUAUGUAUAGAUUUUUGUAGCAUAUUGUUUUUUCAGUAACAUAUUCCAUAUUUGCUAGAUACAUAAUUGUUAGAAAUAACCUUGUUACUCAUUUAGUCUGUAUGCAUAUGUUGAUUAGCAGUCAUUGUGUUUGCUGAACCACUUAUAAGUCUUACCACUGAUUUUACUUGCAAAUUUGUAUAUAAGUAUGUUAUUAUUCUAAAAUGUUAGUGAUAGUAUUUUAUUUUUGCGUUUUUUUUGGAGCUUUAUUGAUUUCUUGAUUUAUUUGAUUAAUAUUUGUAACCUUGUCCUGAAAAGUUUCAAAACCAAAGCAAAAUAAUGUGCAAACUGAAGGUUCACUUUGCCUACAUGUAACUAUGCAGCUUAUAUAUUUACUAGGUGAUUGCCAUUAUUUUGUAUUUCUUUUUUAAAUGAAAUGCCAAAUAAUAAUGUUUAAGGCAAGGUUGUCAAGCGUAAUAAGGUCGUAAUUGUCAUUGACAAUAUUGUUGUGAAAUUGUAAACAAAUGAAAAAAUAACACAAUUAAAAAAAGACAACUGGACUAUGUAUAACUUUCAAGUCAUUAGGUUGAUAUAUAUUUUAGUCUGGCAUUGAGAAUAUUGGGUUAAUGCAUGUGCAUAAAGUUUCA